CGUUCUGCUUUAUGGAGUACGCACCCACUCUCUUCAACCCCUACUUAAACGCAUCUGAGUGCCGAUUGCAGAGGUUGAGUUGUUUAUUGUACAUAACUAAUCUCUUGUUGUUUUUGGUAACGUUGCCUCGCUUGCUCCCGAGUGGAAGGUGCUAAAAUCAGAAAGCGAUAACUUAAAAGGUUUUAGUUGCUUUGGACACUAAACCCUACUCAUACCUUAUCUUAAUCUAUAGAAGUCCGGAAAGUCAUUAUGAGCCCAUAUUAUUGACGAGCUACAAGAGUUUUCGGUUAGAUCAGGAAUUAGCGAGUUACUAUGUAUUUCGCAUCAGACAACUGGGCUGGCGUACACCCAGCCAUCUCAGCCAGACUUGCCCAAGAAGGUGGCGGAUAUGCCCCGGCAUAUGGCACGUCUGAUCUUGACAGCGAGCUUGAGCGGCUCUUCAACGAGAUAUUUGAGUGCGAAGUUGCCGUCUUCUUCGUUGCAACAGGCACUGCGUCCAACUGCCUGGCCCUAACCUUGGAAUCCAAGCCUGGCGGUGUAGUCUUCGCACACCGCGAGGCACACAUUGUCGCCGAUGAGUGCGGUGCGCCUGAAUACCUCUCCGGCCAACUGCGCAUCGCGACUGUCGAUGGUCCAGAUGGGAAGAUGGAUCCUAACCUCUUGCGUCGGAUAGUCGAGCGAUCAGCUGAGAAUGAUGUUCGCCGUGGUUGUCCGAGCACUAUCUCCGUGACACAGGCGACUGAAGCUGGCACAGUGUACUCUCUCGCGGAAAUCGACGCUAUUGCAGCUGUGGCGAGGGACUUCAAUAUUCCACUUCACAUGGACGGAGCACGCUUUGCCAAUGCCCUUGUAUCUCUAGGCUGUACGCCGGCAGAGAUGACUUGGAAGCGCGGUGUCGACAUGCUAUCGUUCGGUGCCACUAAGAACGGCUGCUGGUGUGCGGAGGCAGUUGUACUUUUUGACCCUAAAAAGGCCUCUGGGUUUCCGUUUGUCCGCAAGCGUGCGGCUCAGUGUUUUUCAAAGUCGCGUUUCAUCUCUGCCCAGUUUCAGGCAUACUUUGCCGAUGGAUUAUGGCUCGAUCUCGCUCGGCAAGCCAAUGGAAUGGCAACGGAACUUGCUAACAUAUUUUCUGGAUUGCAAUCUACUCGACUACUAUCAAGACCACAGUCUAAUGAAGUCUUUGUGGUUCUCAAUAAGAAAACUAUCGCCAAUAUAAGGGCUAAGGGCGUGGAGUUCUACGACUGGCCUGCCCCGUCAGACCUUAAAAUGACAGAUGAUGAGCAGCUUUGCCGCUUUGUUACAAGCUUUGCAACAACAGCAGAAGAUGUUAGUCGCUUUAGCGAUAUAGUGCAAAUAGCUACUAGCGAUAGCAACUUUUUAUACUCUCAAAUAUAAAAAUAGUUGGGGUGGUGAACCCUAGCGAAUACCCACUGUUUUAUGCUUUUGUCGUUUUCAGAAAACAUUGAGACAAGCACGGGUUCAUGGCCUUUAUAGUAAAACAUGCAGACUUCAUUACCCUAUAAUAUAUAUAUUAUCAGUCUAUUGCUUGC